GGCGGAGGCGGAGGAAGCCGGGUGCUCGCUCUCGGGGGCGACCUGCGGCCAGAAGCCGGCAGGACGGGAAGGGGCGACGGGUCUCCGAAGACUCUUCAAGAAAUCACAAUGUCAACCAAUACAGACCUUUCUCUUUCUUCAUAUGAUGAGGGUCAGGGGUCUAAGUUUGUUCGGAAAGCUAAAGAGACACCAUUUGUCCCCAUUGGAAUGGCAGGGUUCGCUGCGAUCGUCGCGUAUGGCUUGUACAAACUGAAGAGCAGGGGCAACACGAAGAUGUCCAUUCACCUGAUCCACAUGCGUGUGGCGGCCCAGGGCUUUGUGGUGGGAGCCAUGACUCUUGGUAUGGGCUAUUCCAUGUAUAAAGAGUUCUGGGCCAAGCCUAAGCCUUAGAAGAAGCGCUGCUGCCGAGCCUGGGAAGUGCUGGUGUAGUUAGGCAUCUCACAUUGAGGUUCCAUGUUUGUGUCUGUAAUAAAUAACGCGGGUUUAGACAACAACACAGUAUUGGAUAUCGGCUUACUUUCUUGUCAGCCUGAUUUGCCUGGUGACCAAAUUGUUAGUGACUGCUUCACUAACUAGUUCACUCAGGGGAGUCAGGUUAACACAAAAGAAACCCUCUGUCUGAAUGUAGUUGGUAACUGUUUUCCUAACACCCUUACAAAGAAAGUCACUGUAAGGAGGACAGCU